AUGUCCUCCUCGGACGAAGACGCGAUGGAGCUCGACACCGCCGCGCCCGUCCCGCGCGUCAAGCGCUUCACCCACAAAUCGUACGAACGCCAGCUCAAAUCCGUGCACGCGCCCUCGGCCCUCUCCACCGCCGCAGCCUUUGACGACGCGGCGGCCUUAGACGACACGGACAGUACGUUCCGCGGGGCGCUGGAGCGGUGGAAGCAGCUGUGCCUGAGCCCCGCGUUUGUCGGGUUCAGCAGCAGGGUGGGCGCGAUGUGCGGGAGCUUGAGGCUGGUGCUGCAUUAUAAGGCUGAGAUUGUUGAGCUUUGGAGGGAGAAGGUGGGGGAGAGCGAUGUGGAGGGGGUUAGGCCGUUGCUCGAUCUACUUCAAAAUCUGCUGUUCGACCUCCGCACAUCGCUCGCGUCGCACUACGCAACGCUCCUCCACACAACGCUGUCCCUCCUCCCGCGCGCGCUCCCGCCCGACACGCUCGGCACGCUCCUCGCGACGCUCGCCGCGCUCUACAAGCACCUCCUCGUCCCCUCCACGUCCAACUCUCCCGACCUCUUACAGACCACAUGGAACGGGCUCAAGGAGGUGCUGGCGUCGGUCAAGGUGCACCCCGAGACGCGGCGCGUGUUGGCCGAGGGAUGGGGCACGACGCUCAGGCGGCUCAAGCCUCCCGCGCGCACAUCCGCCGUCGAGCUCCUCCUGCACUCUCUCGCCGAGCCCGGGGUAGAAGAUUUCGCAGCGUACACGCUCGUAAGCGCAUGCAGCAGCACAUCCCAAGCGCUGCACAGCGCCACGUCGUCCAUCCUCGCUCCCGCGCUCAGCUUUCACGUUGCGGAGGGAGAUGGGGAUGGGAGGAGCGAGAGGUUGCUGAGGAGGGUUGCUACGGCGCUUGCGCAUCAUGUUAGGGAUAAGGAGGCGUAUGCGGAUGUUGCGGAUGUUUUUGUUCGGGCGUAUACGGAAAGUGAUGGAGAGGGGGAGGGGAGGGCGGAGGGGGUGUUGAGCGCUGCGUUGGGCGUGCGUGGGGGUUCGCGGUUCUCUCCGAACCACAUCCAAGCAAUCGCCCACCGCCUCCUUUCCAACCCGCCCGCCUCGCACAACAUCCACCUCCUCACGACCCUCCUCCUCGCCCCCGCCUCCCAGUCCGACGCCGCCCUCAGCCGGCGCCUCGUCGCGCACGCUUUCACAUCAAGCGAUAAACUCGGUCUGCGGCUCGCGGGCACGCUCCUGGCGGCGCGCCUGCCCUCGUCGGCGCUGUUGCUCACGCAGCAUGUUCAGAAGGCCGUGCCGAGGGCGUUGAGGGAGGGAGAUGCGGAGGGGAGGUGUAUGGCGUUGAAGGUUGUUGCGAAGGGUGAUGUGGGGGGCGGGGUUGUGGGCACUGUGGAUACGUGGGCUGAAGGACGGAUCGAGGAGCUCGUCAAAUCGAUGACCUUUGACGCCGCCGAGGACGAAACCCAAGACGAACUCGACGAGCUCUCCCACAUCCUCACUCUCGCCCAGUCUCUCCCCUCGGUUUCACCCGUGCUCGUCCCGCUCAUCGAACGUGCCCUUUCAGCGCCCGAGCCGAAGAAGAGUGCGAAAGCGGCAUGGGUCGUGAGCGCGGGUAUACGCGCGAUCGCCGAGUCUAAGGGGGGGAAGGGUAAAGCGGGCGGGGCGCUUAGCGCUGAAGACGUCGGCCGCUGGGCGCGUACCAUCCUCGAUCGAUGGGCAUGGUCCGAAUCGACCCUCUCAUCCCUCUCCGCCCUCCUCGACACCGGCAUAAAACCCACCCCACCCCUCCCCUUCACACAAACCUACGCAACCCUCAAACACCACAUCCUCUCCCACUCCCGGCGGCACCGCCAGUCCGCGCUCUCUAUCUUGUCGUUUACGGGGGGGAGAACGGCAACACAGACGCGCGUGCUCGAUGCGCUGAGGACGGCGGAGAGCGUCGAGGUGGACGUGCAGAGUGCAAGGGAGCGCGUCGUGCGUAUAUCACGCAUACCCAAUAUUCUUGGAGGUUUGGCUGCUGGAGAUGAGGGCAGUGUGACCGUGGAAGGCGAUAUGGUUGUAAGGUGGCUCGCGGCGCAGUUGAAGGUGGGCCUGAGGCCUGCGUGGGCGCCGGCGUGUAAGGCGCUUGGGGAGGUCGUUGGGA